UACAAUGCAUAAACCUGAGGCGCCGAUGACCGGCUCGCAGAUGUCGACAACAGGCAGGAAUAAUUACCGGUCUGUAAGUCAGCCGUACCAGGAGUGGAAGGCCCAAUUUUCGCAGAAUUACCGGCGAGACCGCCCUCCAGACCGGUCUCCGAACAGUGUCAAACCUCACAAACGCCCUAAUUUCGUUAUCGAGCUUUGUUCUGAUAGUCGGAGUUCUAGAAAGGCCGAUGUGGAGAAUUUGAUCUCGAAAUUCAAGUAUCAACCCCAGAAUUCUUUUGUUUAUGAUACGGGUUUCAGAGCUGGGACCUUGUGUUACCAGCAAUGGAGUGAAGCGCUUGCGACAAUGGUUUCUUUAUGGGAAACAAGACUUGACGGUGGGCACUUGUUGACGCCGAGGCUUACACCGAAUGUUCGUGUACCGUCCGACUUGGAUGAGCUUAGGGAUCGACUGAAAACGCUGUUUAUAGAGCGAGUGAAGGGGUUUAUGGAAGGAAAUGUCGUUGAGAAUUGGCAAAAAAAGCUCCGGGCUGUGACGGAUGAGAUUGAUAAAGUGUCGGCGAUGGUAAGGAAGCCAAACAAACUGAGUAAGUGCAAUGAACUUCUGAAGAAGCAAGGAGGGCUCGUGUCCGAGAGGGAUUUGAUUGCGAAGAGGAUUGAGGAGUUUAUGUCUGGGAUGAAUUGUAUACUUAGGCAUUUGGAGGGGAAGGUGGAGGAGGAGGUGGAGGUAUUUAGGUUCGGUGGCGAGUUUGAUUGGGGGAAAAUUCACGGUCUCAUGAUGAGGGAGUGUCGAAGACUGGAUGAUGGGUUGCCGAUUUAUGCGUCCCGACAGGAGAUUCUUACACAAGUACACUGCCAGCAGGUGAUACAGGGAGCACGAUUGGAUGAACCAGAGUAA